AUGUCCCUUCGCCCGCUCUACCCCUGGGCGCGCAUCGUCAUCCCCCGCCCCACAUGUGUCGCCCACCUGUCGCAGUUCAACGUCCCCUGGGGGAGAGCACACGGAACUCUUGCCCGGUACACCGGCGUCCGGGCCGCGGGGGCUGUGGAGUUGGAUCAGGGAUCAUCACCUGAGGGGCUAGGAGGGAUUAGCCAGGUACAUGGCGGCAUGGGCGCGGCUUUUGAGAAGUCAUGCCGGCUUGUGUCCAGAUGGGUUGUAUUCUCCGACUUGCAUGUUUCGUCGAAGACGCUGGACACUUGCAUGGCGGUCCUGCGGAGGGUGAGAGAGGAGGCGGAGGAGCGAAGUGCGGGGAUCGUUUUCCUGGGGGAUUUUUGGCACCACAGGGGGGUCCUUCCAGUCGAACCCCUCAAUUUGAUAUUGGAAGAGCUACAGUCCUGGAGAGCCCCCACAAUAUUGAUGCCUGGGAAUCACGAUCAGGCAAGACCAUACAAUGGUGGAAGUCGCCCUCAAGAGUGCACCCGAUGUGAAGGCCAUCUUCGUGCAUGCCGAUGUGGUACCUGGAGGUGGGAGGAUGGGUGA